AUGGCUCUUGCCACCAUACCCUCCAUAAUCCUCUCCUUCAUCACUGCCCCUUUUGUAACAUCGAUCAAGCUCUGGCCCAUCCCACCGCACGCGCGACAUUCCCUGACUGCUCUUCGCUCUUUUGCCGCCAACCUCCCCCCCACCACAAAACUCACCUUCCAAACCCUCCGCAUCUUCCCCAUGCCCAAGCACACCACCCUCUACGCCCACGAGCUGCGCGCCUCCCCGCGCAAGUUCCGCUUCGCUAAUAUCGAGCUCCCCAAAAACGACGCGUGGAAGCAGCGUCAGCGGGAGAAGUCGUUGUUGACAAGGGCAUGGGAGUUCGUCGAGGAGCGUAGGUUCAAAUUUUAUGUGAAGGAGAGUAGGGCGUAUACUAUGAAGACGGGGGUGCCGGGCGUGUGGGAGGAGGUUGCGAGGGGAUUAGGGAGCGGACGGAGAAGGAGAAGGAGAAGGAAGGGGAGAAGGUGGGGGUGA